GGAGCUGGGCUGGAGUUGGACUCGAACUCUCAAUGCUACCUGCAGCGCCGCUUUCUCACUGGGCGGCCCCUAGCUCCGCUUUCUCUGAAGCGCUGAGCCGGGGCGACCUGCAGCAGUGCGCUCGUUGGCUGCAGCAAGACCGGGCAGUGCUCAGUGCCAGAGGCUGGCAUGGGUUCACGCCACUUCACCAUGCAGCAUACCGUGGCCACAAAGCUUUGUCGUACCUGCUACUGGAACAUGGGGCAGACAGUAAUAUUCCCAACAAUGCAGGAGAGACACCCUUUCAUUUUGCCUGUAGGCGUGGGGCACUGUGCAUUGUGCAUCAAAUGGUGAAGAAAGGGGCGAAUGUGGCAGCACUGGAUAACCAAGGGAAGACUGCCCUUCACCAGGCUGUGUCUGGUGGCAGUGUAGUCGCUAUCCGUUACCUUGAAGAAAUGGGUCGGUUUGAUUUCCGUGAGCCGGACAGGUUUCUGCAGACUCCUCUGCACACUGCGGUCUCCAUUGGCAACGAGGACGUCAUCAGAUAUUUGCUGAGAGGUGCGAGGUGCCGAGUCGAUGCGGCUGACACAUGGGGCAUGACUCCCAUGCACGUGGCGGCUCAGACAGGAUCAGCUGCCAUUUGCUGGCUGCUGGCAACGGGAGCUGGCAUCCCUCUCCUCCAGCUACGGAACAAGGAUGGGCUGACCCCGCUGGAUCUCGCGAAGCAAGGCAAAACGCACAGACACCAGGAAGUAACAAAACUGCUCAACAAGUUCAGCAAGGAAUCACAGACAGGAAAACCCAAGGAACCAUUCGGACUGUACUAUGGCUGUCUGCUGUUCCCAGGAGUCCUGAGUGCAGUUGUGUUCCUCAUCGCAAGUUACCUCAGGCAAUAUGGGGGAGUUUUCAGUCUCAUUGCUUUUGCUGUCCUUGGCAGAACAGUUUUUUUCCAGUACCACCGCAUUUCCCACCUUUCCAGGUUACCAAAUCCAAUGUACCUUGGCACCUUUGCUGCUGGGAUCUUUCAUUCUUUGUACUGCUUCUAUUGCAAGAUCCUACCAGGCCUGUGGCCUGCAUACCUCCUGCUGUGUUGCAUGACACUGCAGGCCACCCUGUUGCUGUGGAUGUUCAAGGAGAUGUUAACCAGGGACCCGGGGAAGCUGCAGGAAACUAGCUGCAAGGCUGUGUAUGUAACCAUCACCGAGCUUAUCGAAGCAAAUGAGAAUCCAUCCAGAUUCUGCAUCUACUGUGAGAUUAUUCAACCAGAGCAAGCGAAGCACUGUAAGCUGUGCAACAUGUGUCUGGUGAACUUUGACCAUCAUUGUCUUUUCCUCAUGAAAUGCGUGGCCAAGAAUAAUCGCCGACUCUUCAAUCUGUUCCUCAUGGAGGUCUUCUUCUGUCACCUGACCUUUGCAGCAUCAGCUGUCUGGUCCCUACAUCUUCAAUACAGUCUGAACUUGGAAACGGUCCUAGCCAUUCUCAGCAGUGAGUCCUGGGUGGUAGCACUGGCCCUGAUGAACGUCGCUACGGCCUUCUGGGAAUUGGUGAUCCUAAAGGAUCAGCUGGUGACUAUUUCCACAAACUGCACUACCACUUUCCGGAAGGUGCCACACGCCUCAGUGUUCACAUGGGGACGCCGUAUGAGAAACAUUGCAGCGUUCUUCAUCACUGGGAACGGGACCCAGAGUCACCAAUUUGCGAGUCAGUUCUAGACUUUUCUCCUUUAGAGCUACGCCAUGAUGCUGCCAGACCUGCUGUUCCCGAUGCUACCAGACUUCUGUUCCCGAUUCACAGCAUCCGCAGUUCUUUCAGUUUUUAACAAAUUCAGUUCCCUAGGUUCAGUGAAAAACAACAAAGAUUAAGAAUGGAAUCCAAAUUUGAUUGUUUCCAGCAAUAGGAAUGACCAGUCACUGAAGCGGCAUUUUAAAAUCUAAAUGCGUCAACCUGAAUCUGAGACAGACAUUGAAUCUGUCACCAGUGUGGAGUGUUGUGCCCUGCAAUGUUUGAGAGUCAUAGAGAUGUACAGCAUGGAAACAGACUCUUUGGUCUAACUCGUCCAUGCUGACCAGAUGCCUUAAAUUAAUCCAGACCCAUUUGCCAGCAUUUGGCCCAUAUCCCUCUAAACCCUUCUAAUUCAUGUAUCCAUCCAGAUGCCUUUUAAAUGUUUAUAAUUGUAUCAGCCUCCACCACCUCCUCUGGCAGUUCAUUCCAUACACGCGUGGUCGUCUGCAUGAAAUAGUUACCCCUUAGGUCCCUAAUAAAUCUUCCCCUCUCACCUUAAACCUAUACCAUCUAGUUUUGCACUAUUCCAUCCUGGAAAAAAUGGCUAUUCACUCCACCCAUGUCCCUCAUGAUUUUAUAAACUUAUGCACAGUCAUCCCUCAGCGUCUGACACUCCAGGGAAGAUAGUUCCAUUUGAAGAAAAAGGAUGAGAAAAGAACAGCAGAUUUUGAAAUGAGUGUGUGGCAGGGGAUACUUAGAACUCACUGGCUGGAGAGAAAGAUGAAUGAAUGGGGUUGGCCAGGAUGCUAAAUUCAGGAAUCAGAAGAGUGGCUAAUCACAGAGAGAGAACAGAAGACAAGUGCAGACAUUAUAGACUAAGCUCGCAGUCUUGUCCACCCUUGUCCUUGGUUGAAAAGUAAAUUGGGAGUAUAAAACAGAGGAAGAUGAGGAAUCAAUUGGGCCGAUAUUAUUGAGAUGUGGAUUGAACAAGUCUUGAGAGGAAGUGGGAGAAUGCCAACAACCCCUGCUGACAGCUAUGGCAGAAAUGAAUGAAUACUUAUAGACAGUAUCUUCUGAGGCAGGGCUGACGAAAUAUAUUGUAGGAGUAGAGAGUAAGCCUUCCUCAGGAUUUGAGAACACUAUUACUGAUCUGCCCAAUGCUCAGAAGGUUCAAUCUCCCUUCGGUCAGAAGGCUGGAAAUCUUUGUAAACCUUUCAGAUGAUGACUUAUGAUUGAGCACUCCAAUGAGAAGUCAAACUCAAGAGUUAGAGGUAUCAGCAAACUAAAACAUUGCAACAGAAGGCGAAAGAUGUGGGCAGUAAGGUUUAAAACCAGCCUUAGGUUUGAAACAUUCAGACGGAGGAAGGGAAGACUGGGAGGCAAGCUGCUGAACUAGUGCUGAUUGGUGACUAAGCAGUAAAGUCACCAUAGUCUUAGCAGACCAUAGGGCUGCUCUCACAUUUGAAAGAGACGACUGGUCACCACACCUCAGAUGACAGGAGAGAUUGCGAAAGAGAGUCCAUGAUAACCUCAGCUGGUGCAGGAAAUGAACUCUGCAUUGCAAUCAGCCAUCCAGGUAACUGACCCCCCUCAACUAAUAGGAGACACUGGGAUUUCUAAUAGAAUGUGCAAACAAAGACAAGGAACAGUUGGUUGGAUAAUGAAAUAUUCUGAUGUAUCCCUACAUUGUUCGGUUUCUUAAUUGAUAAUUCUAUACUUGUGUUUUUACUUGCUUUAACAAUGAGCUCUUUUUAAAAGAUGGAAUCAGGUACGAAGGGAAUUUGAGACGAAGUAUUGGCUGCAAGACUUUUCCAUGCGUAAGGCAUCCCUGGAAUCUAUAGUAGGACAUUUUUUUUCUUCUUUUUCUCUUGCACUGAUAAAUGAUCUCACUUCCUUCUCAACUGAGUUCAGCUCAAAAUUUCAGUCAGUGUUGCAUUGACUCAGACAUAGAUACAUUCCUUCUAAUAACACAGUGGCAUAAAUUUUGAUUACUGAGCAAAUACAAAGCACAUUCUUUGAAAAUAUGAAUCAUCUCUCAAUGGUCGCUUCCCUCCCAUGUGUUGUUCAAUGGAUCUGAGGCACUUACAGUGUAUUGUGAUCACUUGUAUUUAGCGUAUUUUAGCUUGUGUUAGAGGAGAAGAAUAAUUUAUUUCAGACAUAAACAGGUUUUCUUAAUUCUUCAUUUACAAUAAGUCAGGGAAUGUCCAGUAAUAUUCAUUAGCUUCCAUGGAAAGAACCUGAGUUAAUGUCUAUGGUAACAAA